AUGGUUGGGGAACGUCCGAUGAUGGCAGAUAAGCAGAGAUACUCCACUCAGGAAACCGUACAGUUUUCUAGUUUUUCUAGUUUUUCUAGUUUUUCUAGUUUUUCUAGUUUUUCUAGUUUUUCUAGUUUUUCUAGUUUUUCUAGUUUUUCUAGUUUUUCUAGUUUUUCUAAUUUUUCUAGUUUUUUUAGUUUUUCUAGUUUUUCUAGUUUUUCUAGUUUUUCUAGUUUUUCUAGUUUUUCUAGUUUUUCUAGUUUUUCUAGUUUUUCUAGUUUUUCUAGUUUUUCUAGUUUUUCUAGUUUUUCUAGUUUUUCUAGUUUUUCUAGUUUUUCUAGUUUUUCUAGUUUUUCUAGUUUUUCUAGUUCUUCUAGUUUUUCUAGAUUUUCUAGUUUUCUAUUUUCUAGUUUUUCUAGUUUUUCUAGUCUUUCUAGUUUUUCUAGUUUUUCUAGUUUUUCUAGUUUUUCUAGUUUUUCUAGUUUUUCUAGUUUUUCUAGUUUUUCUAGUUUUUCUAGUUUUUCUAGUUUUUCUGGUUUUUCUAGUUUUUCUAGUUUUUCUAAUUUUUCUAGUUUUUCUAGAUUUACUAGUUUUACAAGUUUUUCUAGUUUUUCCAGUUUUUCUAGUUUUUCUAGUUUUUCUAGUUCCAGCAAUGCGCGGUUCUCGGAUCGAUCUCUGGAGGCGGAGGCGUUGGCAAAACGACGGCGGGUGCACGGGGAAGCGAACACCGUACCAACAGCCUACUGCACUACCUACCUACCGACAUGA